GGCUACAGAGCGUCGCUAUCCACUCCCUCGUGAUACCUGAAACCGACGACACGUACGGCUAGCUACUGUCGCGUGGCUGUCUAUCACUAUCAGAUCAGCCGGGGCCUGACUGACACGAUCCUGGCACCGGCCACCGGCGUGAGACUAAAAAGAAGCGGGGCGGGAUACGGCGGACCGAGAAAGAAGCGCCAACGCCGUGUAUGGCUACCACGGUCCUCGCCGUGAGGGCUUCAGCAGCUCCAGCGCCGCCUUCGUUGGGGGCUGCGCGCUUCAGCCCGGUUGCAGGACCUGCUGUCAGUCUUAGAACGCAAUGUUGGAUUGCUGCCAAGAUGAAGCUCCACAAGGCCCUGAGGAGGCAUGGAUCGCAAGUUCAGAGAAAGCUGGAAAUUCAAGGGGUUGGUAAAAUUCCUGACUGCUUCAAGGUUGCAUCGCUGACUGGAAGGAUGACUCGUCGGAAUGUACAACUUGCUGAUGAAACAGGAGGUGAAACAGCAAAUACAAGCUCUGUUAUGUCAGAUAACUCGAUCGAUGACAAAAGUUCAAUGCAUUUGGGACUCAACCACUCUGAAGCUGAUCAUCCUGUACUAGAGGAAGACCUUGUUCUGUUUGAUAAUUUUGAUGACCAACCUGAAAGUGUACCAUCUCUUUGUAUUGCUGUUAUUGGAGCUACUGGCGAACUGGCAAGAAAUAAAGUCUUCCCAGCACUAUUUGCUCUGUAUUACAGUGAUUUUCUUCCUCAGAAUGUUGCCAUAUUUGGAUAUUCUAGAAAGACAUUAGCAGACGAGGAUUUAAGAUCCAUGAUUGAAGCCAAUUUGACCUGUCGGGUAGAUCACCAUGAAAACUGUGAAGAAAAGUUGAAUGAAUUCCUUAAAAGGACAUACUAUGUCGAUGCAGGACAUGAUAACAUAGAUGGGAUGGCCAAACUGAAUUCGAAAAUGGCACAGAUAGAGGGCACUUGUGCAGCAAACAGGAUAUUCUACCUUGCUGUUCCCCAAGAGGCACUUCUUGAUGUGGCAUUGCCAUUAUCUGACAGUGCCCAAACUAAGCAUGGCUGGAAUAGGAUAAUUAUCGAGAAACCAUUUGGCUUCACUAGUUUGUCCUCACAACGGGUAACACAGUCUUUGCUGUCAAGAUUUGAAGAGAGGCAAAUCUACCGAAUUGAUCAUCUUUUGGGGAAGGAUCUAAUCGAAAAUCUCACUGUCUUGAGAUUUUCUAAUUUGGUAUUUGAACCUUUAUGGAGUAGGAAGUACAUACGCAAUGUGCAGGUCGUUUUUUCUGAAGAAACAUCAGCAGAAACACAAGGGAGGUACUUUGGAAACUACGGGAUAAUCCGUGACAUAGUGCACAGCCACAUUCUUCAAACGAUAGCACUAUUUGCUAUGGAACCACCUGUUAGUCUUGAUGGGGAGGAUAUCCGCGAUGAGAAGGUGAAGGUGCUCAAAUCAAUUCGAAAAGUGGACAUUGAGGAUGUCGUCCUUGGUCAACUCAAAGAUACCUCCGGUAAAGUUGACAGAUAUACAAAAUCAAUGACACCUACCUACUUUGCUGCCGCCAUGUACAUUGACAAUGCACGUUGGGAUGGGGUGCCUUUUUUGAUCAAGACUGGAAUGGGACUUAUGGAGAAUAGAGCUGAGAUUCGUAUUCAAUUUCAUCAUGUCCCUGGCAAUAUCUACCGUGAACGUUUUGGUCAUGACAUAGAUCUCGACACAAACGAGCUGAUUUUACGUGACCUACCCGAAGAAGCCAUUCUCUUGAAAGUCAACAAUAAGGUCCCGGGACUUGGGCUCCAGUUGGAUGCUUCAGAGCUCAACCUACUUUACAGGGACAGGUACGACGUUGAAGUUCCAGAUUCAUAUGAGCAUCUUCUUUUGGAUGUUCUAGAUGGUGAUAGUCAUCUGUUCAUGCGCAGCGACGAAUUAGCUGCUGCAUGGAGCGUAUUGGCACCUAUACUCCAUGAGAUCGACCAGAAGAGGGUUGCUCCAGAGCUCUACGAGGCUGGGGAUAAAGGACCAAUUAAUGCUUACUAUCUCGCUGCUAAACAUGGAGUCCGAUGGGAUGAUGGCUGCUGAACUGUGGGAGCUGCUCAAUGUAUUUCGCUUCCUUCUCUGUGUGUAGCAAAAUCUGUUAAGUGAACUAAAACAAGAACUGGAGAAAAAAAAGGUAUUUCUUGCUUGUUGAUUCAAACCCUUCGAAGGUGGAAAGGUACUAUUACCGACCGAGCUGAUAUGUUGCACCCGACAAUGAGGAUGGAGUAGUGCAUUUAGCGAGUCGUGUGGGGUGACUUGUGUAAAUUGGACCUUACUUUUUUGCUAAUAGUUGCAAACAUCUUAUGGAAAUGUUAAGUAUGCGUGGGUCGUGUUGUCAUUCUCAAGCGGUCAUUUGAUUCCGCAAAGCAAACAAAUUGCUUGAAACUCAA